AUGUUUUAUCAUAUAUCGUUGGAACAUGAGAUUCUACUUCAUCCGCGGUAUUUUGGUCCGCAGUUAAUCGAAACGGUAAAACAAAAACUGUACACCGAGGUCGAGGGUACUUGCACGGGCAAAUAUGGCUUCGUCAUAGCAGUAACCACAAUCGAUGAUAUCGGUUCCGGCACGAUACAACCGGGACAAGGUUUUGUUGUAUAUCCGGUGAAAUACAAGGCGAUUGUUUUCCGACCUUUCAAAGGAGAGGUGCUCGAUGCAACCGUGAAGCAGGUGAACAAAGUCGGCAUGUUCGCCGAAAUAGGGCCACUUUCCUGCUUCAUCUCGCAUCAUUCCAUCCCGGCUGACAUGCAGUUUUGUCCGAACGGAGCACCCCCUUGCUACCGGGCAUUGAACGGAGAAAGCGUGAUAGCGGCGGAAGAUAAGAUUCGCCUUAAAAUAGUCGGAACACGUGUAGAUGCCACCGGAAUUUUUGCGAUUGGAACUUUGAUGGACGAUUACCUUGGAUUAGUUGGAAGCUAACCUAUUGCAUGGAAAAAUAUAUCCAUAUUUACGGACGAGAUAUGUUAAGGAUAUAAUACUACACUAUACCCAUUUUUAAUAUACAAAUAU